AUGGUCCUCAGUGGGGGGCUAGUCCUGGGACUCCACACCUUGAUGAGCCUCCUGAGCCCCCACGAAACUGGGGCCAUCAAGGCUGAUCACAUGGGCUCCUAUGGACCAGCCUUCUACCAAACCUACGGUGCCUCGGGUCAGUUUGCCCAUGAAUUUGAUGGGGAACAGCUGUUCUCCGUGGAACUGAAGAAGAGGGAGGCCGUGUGGCGUUUGCCUGAGUUUGGCAACUUCGCCCACUUUGACCCACAGAAUGGGCUGGCCAGCAUCGCGGUGAUCAAAGCCCAUCUAGAUGUCUUGGUGGAACGCUCCAACCGCACCAGAGCCACCAACGUGCCUCCGAGGGUGACUGUACUCCCCAAGUUUCGAGUGGAGCUGGGCCAGCCCAACAUUCUCAUCUGCAUUGUGGACAACAUCUUCCCUCCUGUGAUCAAUAUCACCUGGCUGCGCAACGGUCAAAUAAUCAGCGAGGGGGUGGCCCAGACCAGCUUCUAUUCCCAGCCUGACCAUCUGUUCCGCAAGUUCUGCUACCUGACCUUCGUGCCCUCUGCAGACGACAUGUAUGACUGCAAGGUGGAGCACUGGGGCCUGGAUGAGCCGCUCCUCAGGCACUGGGAGCCCCAGGUGCCUAUCCCAGUGCCAGACACCACCGAGACUCUGAUCUGUGCCCUUGGCCUGGCUCUCGGCCUGGUGGGCUUCCUUGUGGGCACCAUCCUCAUCAUCAGAGGCACAUGCUUGUCCAGAGCCCGCAGAUCAAUGACCCACUGCAUGGACCAGGAGGAAGCAGAACAGACAUGGACAUCCUCAGAAUUUUCAGAAAACGAAGAGCUGAAUGCAAUUAUUCAUUUUGACUUCCUAAUAUUAAGAAUGUCUAUGUAG